GGCUGCAAUCAGAAAAAGAAAGUGUUGUGUCUGCUGGACUCAUAAAAGCUGCUUCAGGAAAACUGGGAGAUUUUCAAACGCCUCUAAUCAAUGACUGUGAUGGUUUCAUCUUUAGUCAAAAUGAAAAAUUAUAGCUAUUUAACUUUUGUUUUAAGUGUUAAUUGUUAAUUUUUUAGGAUUUUUUUUUAGUCUGUCCAUUCCUGGUCCAACUCUAUUUAACAUCUUCGAACUAGCAGAGCAUCAAAAAGUGUCCGCGUGCUCAGGAGGACAGGCUGAUGUCAGGGGGUGAUGCGGCACCGUCCUCCGCUCCACUGCAUCAAAGCGCGGCGCUCCCAUUGGCUGACAGAGAUGUUGCGCCGCGCCGGACGUCAUCCGACUGGCUGCACUUUUACGCAUCUCACCGGCGGAACGCGCACCCCCAUAGAAAUGAGGUUAGUGCUGAUUUGGGGGAAACGCACCGACUGAAGAGUGGACAGCAGUCAGGACGAGGAAGGAAGCUCCGAUCCACAGCUCGCCAUGAGGGAAAUCGUUCACAUCCAGGCCGGACAAUGCGGGAAUCAGAUUGGGGCCAAGUUCUGGGAGGUGAUAAGUGAUGAGCACGGCAUAGAUCCCACCGGCAGUUACCAAGGCGACAGUGACCUGCAGCUGGAGAGGAUAAACGUCUACUACAAUGAGGCGUCAGGGAGCAAAUUUGUGCCCCGCGCCAUCCUGGUGGACCUGGAGCCCGGAACCAUGGACUCAGUUCGCUCUGGCCCGUUCGGACAGCUGUUCAGGCCUGACAACUUUGUCUUUGGUCAAAGUGGAGCCGGAAACAACUGGGCCAAAGGGCACUACACGGAGGGCGCCGAGCUGGUGGACGCGGUCCUGGACGUGGUGAGGAAGGAGUCGGAGAACUGUGACUGUCUCCAGGGCUUCCAGCUCACCCACUCCCUGGGCGGAGGCACGGGCUCCGGGAUGGGCACGUUGCUCAUCAGCAAGAUCCGCGAGGAGUAUCCCGACCGCAUCAUGAACACCUUCAGCGUCAUGCCUUCCCCGAAAGUCUCCGACACCGUGGUGGAGCCUUACAACGCCACGCUGUCCGUGCACCAGCUGGUGGAAAACACCGACGAGACCUUCAGCAUUGACAAUGAGGCUCUGUACGACAUCUGCUUCCGCACGCUGAAGCUGACCACGCCCACCUACGGAGACCUCAACCACCUGGUGUCAGCCACCAUGAGCGGGGUCACCACCUGUCUCCGCUUCCCCGGCCAGCUCAACGCCGACCUCCGGAAGCUGGCCGUCAACAUGGUGCCCUUCCCCCGCCUGCACUUCUUCAUGCCGGGGUUUGCCCCCCUCACCAGCAGGGGCAGCCAGCAGUACCGCGCCCUCUCCGUCCCCGAGCUCACGCAGCAAAUGUUCGACGCCAAAAACAUGAUGGCGGCGUGCGACCCCCGUCACGGCCGCUACCUCACGGUGGCGGCCAUCUUCCGCGGCCGCAUGUCCAUGAAGGAGGUGGACGAGCAGAUGCUGAGCGUGCAGAACAAGAACAGCAGCUACUUCGUGGAGUGGAUCCCCAACAACGUCAAGACCGCCGUCUGCGACAUCCCCCCUCGAGGCCUCAAGAUGUCCGCCACCUUCAUCGGCAACAGCACCGCCAUCCAGGAGCUGUUCAGGAGGAUCUCAGAGCAGUUUACCGCCAUGUUCCGCCGCAAGGCCUUCCUGCACUGGUACACCGGAGAGGGAAUGGACGAGAUGGAGUUCACCGAGGCGGAGAGCAACAUGAACGACCUCGUGUCCGAGUACCAGCAGUACCAGGACGCCACGGCAGACGAAAUGGGCGAGUACGAAGAGGACGAAAUGGAAGAUGAAGAUGAAGUCCAUCACGAUCCUCGCCACUGAUCCAUGACUGCAUACAUGACUGAAAUAGUGAGGAUGAUAUGAGGAAUGCCAAACAUUAGUCCUUAGCAGAAACGCUAGAAAAUGCUUCAACUGACAAAGCUUACGAGUGCAAUCAAAGCUAAAAAGUUUUUUUUUUUUUUUUUGUCUGAGUCAUGAGUUGCCAGCAUCAGAAAGAAGUCUCGUCUUUGACACAGUUUUGUAACACCGUGCUCCAAUGCUCUGUAGUCCAAAUAAAUAAUCCCAACUGCGUAAA